AUGAAAUACCAGGAAUCGCAACCGUCGUCUAAAGAACCAACUUCAUCCUCAACGGCAGAAAGUCAAGAAAGGAAGGAACGACAGCCGCAAGCUAGAAAUCAUCCAAAGUAUGAUGGAUGGUGUAAAGGACAUCAUAAGAGUAAGAAUGUGGACAAGAUCCGCAUUCUUCAUCGUGGUGAAGAAAUCGAGAACUGCACCAGCAGACCAUUUCGGCGCAUGGAGCUGGGCAGCUCGUCACGUCGAGACUUGCCUCCCAGAAACCCAAAGAAGAUUCUUCUCCAACGAAGGUGCACAGAACCGUUGCCCAUGGCUGCGAGGAAGGCAUGCAUGCAAGACCUGGGCUACUUUGAAGAUGGCAGGAAAACGGUUCUGUUGAAGCGAUUCCUGCCGCUACCUACUCCUCCAUUUGAUCGGGUGGCUGCUUCGUCUGAUCAAUCUUGUUCUUCCAUGCCAUUGAGAAUGCCAGUUCGCAAGGCUUCGAUGGAAGAAGUUCGAUUAGGAUGUUCCUCCCGCUGUUCCCAAGCUCCCCAGAAGCCAAUGAAUACGACGACGACGAGGUGGUGCUGA